UUCAUUUUUUCCGGUACUUGCCGUCAUUCACUUGUAUUUGUUCCCAUAUUGACUGUGGAAUAAAUAAAAGCUUCUCAAUCUCGAUAAAAGUUUGAGGACUAGGACUCUGACAUGUUAUCAACGAUAAGGAUUUGCCGUUUAUUGGCAAAACAAAAUGCAGCAGCAACUGUCACCGUGAAACGAGAUUAUUGUAAGCAAAAUGUGAAGCCAAUUGUCUGGCCUCGGAAAAUUGUGUCUGGCGUUCAGCCAACCGGUAUCCUACAUUUGGGAAAUUAUCUCGGUGCAAUAACUCGCUGGGUUGAUCUGCAAAAUGCUGGCGAGAAUGUCUCGUAUUUCAUCGCUGAUUUGCAUUCAAUUACAUUGCCACAGGAUCCGAAGGAACUUAGACAAAACAUUCUUCAAAUGACCGCAACGUUACUGGCCUGUGGCAUUGAUCCCGAUAAGUCGACACUUUUCGUUCAGUCAUCCAUCAAACAACAUGCCGAAUUGUGCUGGAUUUUCGGUUGUUUGGCAACAAUGGCUCGUUUGAAUCGAUUGCAACAGUUUAAGGACAAGUCAGCGAAUAUGAAAGAUAUUCCUCUGGGACUGUUUGUCUAUCCAGUGCUGCAGACAGCUGAUAUUUUAAUGUACAAAGCCACACACGUCCCAACUGGCGAUGAUCAAUCGCAGCAAUUGCAGGUAGCCCAGGACAUUGCAAAUACAUUCAACUUUCGAUUCGGAGAAACAUUUCCCAUUUGUCAAGGCAUCAUAGCUAAAGAUACAAGCUGCCGCAUCAAAUCGCUCCGGGAUCCUACAAAAAAGAUGUCGAAAUCUGACCCGAAUCCGAAAACUCGAAUUGAACUCCUCGAUCGACCUGAACAGAUAUUGAACAAGGUAAAAAAAGCAGUCACCGACUGUACAUCGGCUGUUGCUUACGAUCCGGAAACAAGACCCGGUGUAUCCAAUUUGAUUGCCAUUCAUUCUCUGAUGAGCGGAAUUUCGAUCGAACAAAUUGUCAACGAUGCAUCGAAUUUGGACACUGGCAAAUAUAAAUUUCGCGUGGCUGACGCUGUAAUCGAGAGAAUCGAUCCGAUCCGAUUGAAAAUCGAGGACUAUCUCAAGAAUCCGGAAUAUUUAAUUGAUGUUGUGAGAAUUGGUGCGGAGAAGUCGAGUCGAAUUGCUGAAGAGACCAUAGUGGAUGUUAAGAGAAAAGUCGGUGUAGGAGUUGGUGAUCUAUCGGAGUAUAAUUUCGCUGUGAAUGAAGUAGAAAAGUUGAAAACACAGACUCAGUAGAGGUAAAAGUGCAAUUGUUAAUGGAGCAAGAAAAUAAAUUAUGAAAAAU